AUGGAGAAAAUCGACCAAUACGUUGGUAUUAUUGCAGAGAAGACCGGCCAAGAUCCUACCCUUGUCAGGAACGUCCUUAUGGGAGUCAUCUUGGUAGUGUUUGUAUUUGGAUUUGGAGCAUCUAUCAUUGCAAACAUUGUAGGAGUCUUCUACCCAGCUUUCCAAUCUUUCAAAGCACUUGAAUCUGAAAAGAGUGUUGAUGAUAAGAAAUGGUUGACCUAUUGGUGUAUAUUCUCUAUCUUCACUAUUGUUGAUCAGUUCGGACACGUCAUCUUAGUAUGGGUACCAUUUUACUACAUUUUGAAGUUGUGUUUCUUGAUGUACUUGUUCCUACCAUACACUGAUGGUGCAAGCAAGAUUUACGUCACCUACGUUCUUCCAAUUUAUGAGAAAUAUCAUAAAAAUAUUGAAGCGGUGGGUGAAAAGUAUGCUGAUUUGACCAGUGUUGAAUUCAAAAUGGAUAAAAAUGAGGCAAAGAAAGCAGAGUAAUCUAUUGGCAGAUCCAUAAAUCAAAUUAAUCACAUAAGGUUGAUAUUUUGCUGAAUUGCCUUCAAUUUC